GACAACUAGCACAUGGCUAUAAAUCUUUCCGUGGGUUUAACAGUGAAAAAGGGAAUGUAAUCACUGUAAUAAAUAUGUGAACAAUCGAUUCGAAAAUGGAGACAUUACAAAAUCUAUGAAGAUGAAUAUGAAUCUUCGGAGCCAAGAAACCUAUUUUUCUUCAAGAAUAAAUGUUGUGAGGUUUUUCAAUGCAGUGAAAACGAGCUGUGAGGAGAUGAUGAUGGAAGGUGGGCAAACUUCAGAUUGUGCCAUGACUCAGAUUGUGCUUUCUUGGACUCUUGAAGACAUUUCUAAUGAAAAUCUUUAUAAGGUGGAAAAGAUUCCUGAAUCAUUUGAAUCGGUUCAGCAUUAUUUGGGAUCUUUUGUCUACCCUUUGUUGGAAGAAACUCGAGCGCAGUUAUACUCAAGUAUGGACAUGUUGUAUAGAUUACCUUAUGCCAAGGUAGUUGCUUUUGAUGAAACUAAGCCACAUGGAGAAAAAGUUUAUCAAGUUCAAGUUGAUUACUGGAGGAACAGAUUCAAUGAUAAGAGCAAAGAGCCUUACAAAACUUUGCCUGGAGACAUCAUGAUUUUGGUUAAUGCUAAACCAGAAACUUUUUCUGACUUAGAGAGGACAGGCAGAUCAUGGUCCUUUUUAUCAGUCUCUUGUAUCGCAGAGAAUGAGAAGAUGGAUGAUAGUAGUUCUACCACAGAGGAUGGGAACGGGAAUGAUAGUAACUCUAAGUCUUCUACUAAUUUCAAAGCCAAGUCUUCAAAGGAAUUUGAACUAGAUAUGCAUAUGAAGACAUCAUUGUUUGUUGUUUUCCUGGGGAAUUUGACCACCAACAAAAGGGUUUGGAAGACAUUGCAUAUGUCAUGCAAUCUUGAUUUGCUUGAAUAUGUUCUAAGUAAUCGUUCUUGGGUUAAGGGAAAUUGUAUUACCUGCCCUGAGGAGAAUUGCUACAAAUUUGACGAGAAGUUAGUGAAGAGUCUAUCUUCCAAUAUGAAUGAGUCUCAGACUAGUGCAGUUCUUGCUUGUCUUCACAUGAUGCAGUGCAAGAGCAGAGGUGCUUUGGAGCUUGUAUGGGGUCCGCCUGGGACAGGAAAGACAAAAGCCAAUGCUACUCUUCUUGUUUCCCUCUUAAAGAUGAACUACAGAACUCUUGUUUGUGCACCAACAAAUGUUGCAAUAACUGAAGUGGCUUCUCGAGUCUUGAAGAUAGUUGCAGCAUCUAAACCCAUGUUCUUCUCAUUAGGAGACAUACUUCUGUUUGGCGAUAUGGAGAGACUCAAAAUUGGCUCUGAUAUUAAAGAUAUAUUUUUGGAAUAUCGAGUUCAAAGGAUUGCGGAGUGUUUAGGUGCGGAUGGCUGGAACCAUUGCUUUCCUUCUAUGAUAAACUUACUUGAACGUUGGGUUUCUCAGUACUGUGUUUUCCUGAAAAAUGAAUUGAUAAAAGCGCAACAAAAACAGUGCUGUGAAACUAGCAUUAAAGAGGUAGAAGGCACUGAGAAGUUCAAUCCAUUUCUUGAUUAUGUGAGACAAAGAUUUGUUUUUAUUGUCAAGCAGCUAAGAAAAUACAUUUGGAUCUUAUGUACACAUUUACCUCAAAGUUUCAUUUUGGAUCAAAAUUUUCUGAACAUGGUAACCCUUACUGAAUUACUUGAUCGUUUUGAAACACUUCUAUUUGGAGAUACAGUGAUUUCUGAAGAAAUAAGACAGAUGUUAUCUUGUCCCGAAGUAAUUGCUGAUUCUGCUGAUUCAUUUGUCAAUAACUGUUCCUUGCUUUCGGUUGGAAGGCAGUGCCUUUCUAUACUGAGAACCCUUCUUGGUUCUCUUGAAAAACUCACAUUUCCAAAUUUUAGAUCUAAGGAAGAAAUAACAGAGUUCUGUUUUCAAAGAGCUUCGUUGAUAUUUUCCACUGCAUCGGGUUCUUUUCAACUGCACCUUAUGAAAAUCGACCCAUUGGCUGUUCUGGUCAUUGAUGAAGCUGCACAACUGAAAGAGUGUGAGUCAACCAUACCUCUUCAACUUCCAGGGAUAAGGCAUGCAGUUCUUUUUGGUGACGAAUGCCAGUUACCAGCUACUGUUACAAGCAAAAUUUCUCAGGAAGCUAGUUUUGGACGAAGUUUGUUUCAGAGGUUGAGCGCACUGAAUCAUUCAAGACAUCUCCUAAAUACUCAAUACAGAAUGCAUCCAUCAAUCAGUUCUUUCCCAAAUGCAAACUUCUAUCAUAACCAGAUUCUGGAUGCGUCUAAUGUUAAAAGGAAAAGCUACGAAAAGCGUUAUCUUCCAGGAUCAAUGUUUGGUAGUUAUUCUUUCAUAAAUGUUGUUGGUGGAAGAGAAGAGAAAGAUGAUGAUGGGCAUAGUCUAAAAAAUAUGGUUGAGGUUGCUCUUGUCAUCAAAAUACUGCAGAAUCUCUACGAAGGAUGGCUUGAGAGAAAAGCUAAACUUAGUAUUGGUGUAGUGUCUCCCUAUUCUGCUCAAGUUGUUUCAAUCCGAGAGAAGGUUGGAAAGAAGUAUGAAAAUGUUAAUGGCUUUCGAGUGAAGGUGAAAACAAUUGAUGGGUUCCAGGGUGGGGAGGAAGACAUCAUAAUCAUGUCGACUGUAAUAGGUGAAAGCUACUGUAGUAUAGGCCAAUCGUUGGAUUUCGUAUCAAAACCUCAGAUAAUGAAUGUUGCUCUAACUAGAGCAAGGCAUUGCUUGUGGAUACUUGGUAAUGAAAGAACCCUUGCUAAUAGUCAAUCUAUUUGGGAAGCUCUAGUCAUUGAUGCAAAAGAGCGUCACUGUUUCUAUAAUGCUGAUGAAGAUGUGGGUUUGGCCAAGGCUAUGUUAGAGAUGAAGAAAGAGCUUGAUCAAUUCGAUGAUCUUCUUAAUGCUGAUAGUAUGCUUUUCAGAAAUUCGAAGUGGAAGGUUCUUUUCAGUGAUAACUUUUUGAAGUCCUUUAAAAAAUUGACACCUAUCGGGAAAAAAAAGUCAGUCUUAAAUCAUCUUCUUAAGAUUUCCAGUGGUUGGAGGCCUAAGAAAUCUCCUUCAGAAUCAGGAAGUGGAAGUUCUUUGGAGAUAAUGAAAUUUAAAGUUGAUGGCCAGAUUCUUAUUAGUACUGUGGACAUUUCAAAGAAUUUGAACUACUUCCAAGUGCUAAAGAUAUGGGAUGUCUUGCCUCCGGAUCAUGUACCGAAAUUGAUAAAACGCCUUGACAACAUUUUUGGCAAGUACACAGAUGAUUUUGUCAACCUCUGCAACGAAAGGCUUUUCGAUGGAAACUUGGAAAUACCGAAGGAGUGGCCAUCCUCUUUGGAUUUUGUUAGGCUUAAGGAUCUCUUCAACAACAAAUCUGAGAGUGAAUCAAUUGGUUCCUCUUCAGAUGCAAUAAGCUAUGUCGAGAAUUCGAAGGUCAAUGAAAGCUUGCUGCUGAUGAAGUUCUAUUCCUUGUCUCAUGGUGUCGUAAACCACUUGUUAUCUGAUCGUGAUGGUAGGGAAAUUGAUCUUCCAUAUGAAGUAACAGAUGAACAAAUGGAGAUCAUCCUUGUUAAUGAAAGUAGCUUCAUACUUGGACGGUCGGGAACUGGAAAAACAACAGUUUUGACAAUGAAACUACUUCGAAGAGAACAAUUGCAUCUUUUUGCUAUGGAUGAAAUCUGUGGAGUCAAGACAGAUAUUGUUGGACAUGUUCCUGAAAAUAUCAUGGGACCCAAUAACCUGGUAGAGAAUGGGAAAAAAGUCUUACGUCAGCUUUUUGUUACAGUUAGUCCUAAACUAUGUAAUGCCGUCAAUCAACAUGUUUCUGACUUGAAAAGAUUUGUUUGUGGUGGCAACACCAAUCUAAAUGAAUGUAGUUUGAUUGAUACUGAUGAUCUAGAUGAUGAAGAAACACAGUUCAAGAACAUCCCAAACUCUUUUUAUGACAUUCCUGCUAAUUACUACCCUUUGGUCAUAACACUCCACAAAUUCUUAAUGAUGCUAGAUGGAACAUUGAGUAAAUCUUAUUUUGAAAGAUUCCUUAAUGUGGAAGAUCUUUCUUAUGAUCAAGGUAGAAAUUCAAGAUCAGUGUUGCUUCAGACAUUGAUAAGGAACAAGGAAGUCAAUUACGAGAAGUUUAGUGUUUUAUAUUGGCAUCAUUUUGAUUCCAAGUUAACGAAGAAGCUUGAUCCUUCUCGAGUCUUCACUGAGAUAAUUUCUCAUAUCAAAGGUGGUUUGAUGUCCAUUGAAGCAAGUGAUGGUAAGCUAAGCCGUGAGGAUUAUCUUAAAAUGUCAGAAGGACAUUCCUCCAAUUUAAGUCGGGAAAAGAGAGAGAGAAUAUACGAUAUAUUUCAGAUCUAUGAAAGAAAGAAAAUGGAAAGUGGUGAAUUUGAUCUUGCUGAUUUUGUUAAUGAUCUUCACUCUCGGCUCAAGCAUGAAGGAUAUAAUGCGGAUGAAAUGAAUUUCGUUUAUAUUGAUGAGGUUCAAGAUCUUACAAUGAGUCAAAUCACUUUGUUUAAGCAUAUAUGUGGAAAUGUUGAAGAGGGAUUUGUUUUUUCUGGUGACACUGCACAGACAAUUGCCAGGGGAGUUGAUUUUAGGUUUGAAGAUAUACGACAUCUAUUCUACAAGAAGUUUGUAUUGGAACAAAAGAGUGAAGAUGGAGAGAGAAAAGAGAAAGGGUUGAUCUCUGAUAUUUUCCAAUUGUCCCAAAACUUUCGUACCCAUGCUGGCAUUCUGAAAUUGUCACAAAGCAUAAUUGAACUUAUUUAUCAUUUCUUUCCACAUUCUAUUGAUCCUUUGAAACCAGAAACCAGUUUGAUAUACGGGGAAUCUCCAUUGCUGCUUCAUUGUGUGGAUGAUGAAAAUGCAAUCAUAAAGAUUUUUGGUAACAGUGGAGAGACAAGUAGAAGUAUUGCUGGCUUUGGUGCAGAGCAGGUUAUUUUGGUAAGAGAUGACAAUGCUCGAAAGGAAAUUGCUGGUUAUGUUGGGAAGAAAGCUCUUCUACUUACUGUAUUGGAGUGUAAGGGGCUUGAAUUUCAGGAUGUGUUACUGUACAACUUUUUUGGUUCUUCUCCUCUAAAGAAUCAGUGGAGGGUCAUAUACGAAUACAUGAAAGAGCGAGAUUUGUUUGACAAAACCAUACCUAACUUUCCAAAGUUUUCCGAGUCCAAACAUAAUAUUCUAUGCUCUGAACUCAAACAUUUAUAUGUUGCUGUCACUCGUACGAGGCAAAGGUUGUGGAUAUGUGAAAGCUCGGAAAUUGCUGAACCUAUCUUCGACUAUUGGAGGAAGAAGUGUCUUGUGCAAUCUAAACCGCUUGAUGAUUCGUUUGCGCAGACCAUGCAAGUCACAAGCAGUCCUGAAGAGUGGAGAUCGAGGGGCAUUAAGCUAUUUCAAGAACACAACUAUGAAAUGGCCACAAUGUGCUUUGAAAGAGCUGGUGAUGCAUAUUGGGAGGGAUUGUCCAAAGCUGCUGGACUCAAGGCUGCAGCUUGUCGUUUGCGCAUUUCGAAUCCUAAAGAAGCUAAUUCCAUCCUUGGCGAAGCUGCCAAAAUAUUUGAAGCUAUUGGCAAGGCUGAUUCUGCUGCCCGAUGUUUAUCUGAUCUUGGAGAGUAUGAAAAUGCAGGUCGUCUUUAUUUGGAAAAGUGUGGCGAAUCUGAGCUUCAAAAGGCUGGGGAAUGCUUUUCUCUUGCAGGGCGCCAUGAGCUUGCUGCUAAUGCUUAUGCUAGAGGGAAUUUAUUCUCAGAAUGUCUUACUGCUUGCUCCAAUGGAAGAUUAUUUGAGAUGGGUUUGAAUUACAUUAAGUUUUGGAAACAACAUACAACAAAUGAGUGCAGUAUUGCAGGGAGAAGCGAAGAAAUUGACAGAAUUGAACAAAUGUUUUUGGAGAAAUGUGCUUUUCAUUAUUUUCAGAUCAAUGAUAAGAGGUCCAUGAUGGAAUUUGUUAAAGAGUUUAAUUCCAUGGAUUCAAUUCAGAACUUCUUAACUUCAUUGUGUUGCUUGGAUGAACUCUUGCUGUUGGAAGAAGAAAACAAAAAUUUCAUGGAAGCUGCAAAUAUUGCCAAGCUAAUAGGUGAUACGUUACGCAGCGUGGAUCUGCUGGGAAAAGCUGGAAAAUUUAAGGACUCGGCUAAGCUUAUUCUUUUUUAUGUGCUUGCCAAGUCCCUCUGGUCACCAGGUAGCAAGGGCUGGCCCUUAAAGAAGUUCAAAGAAAGGGGUGAUCUCUUAAGAAAAGCAAAAACAUUUGCUAGGAAUGAUACUGAAAGCUUCUAUGAGAUUGUUUGCAAUGAAGCUGAUAUCAUUUGCAAUGAACAGAGGGAUUUGGUAACCCUAAUGAGUCAGAGGGCUACUUCUCAGAGGCAAAAGAGUGUUAGUGGUGAGAUUCUAACUGCUAGAAUAAUUCUGGACAUGCACCUUUCUUCAAAAUCCAUCAAGUACUAUUGGGAAGAGGAACUGGUGGCUAAUUCUGCAAAGUUUGUGGAGGUGAUUUCUAAAAACCAGGUGUCAAUAGAAUCACUGAUAUUCUUUUGGAAUUAUUGGACGAACAAAAUUGCAAGCGUAUUUGAGUAUCUUACAUGUCUUCAGACCCAAAAAGCUUAUAAGUUCAGAGAUUAUGGAGAGUUCUGCUUGAACUAUUUAGGUGUUUGGAGGGAGUUCAAUAAUUCAAAUCCAACAUUUAUUUUCCUAUACCCGGAGGCUGAGUGGUCAAAGAAUGUGGCUAAAACAUUAAAUAGUGGCAAGUUGACAUCUGCUGAUUUGCACGAGUUUGUUUGUGCGGCUCAGAGAUAUUGGUCUUCAGAGAUGCUUUCGGUUGGAGUCAUGGUUUUGGACAGACUCCUAGCUCUUUAUGACUUUCCAAUCGACAAUAUUUUCUACAAAAGCAGGGUUCUUACUCAGAUCUAUGAGGUUGCAACAUUUCUUCUGGAGGCAAAAUUUCUGAAGCUGAGGCAUCAUGAGUCUGAGAUUCUGUUGAAGUACAUUAAAUUUUCUACUGAAAACAUAGUUGGUUACAUAUUCCCUGAAUGGCCGAAACCACUGAGUAAGAACAUGAUUAUACUCAGAGGGUUAAACACUACUAAGAGUAUGUUGAAUCGAGUGAUAGCUGAGUCUAACAUUCUAAGUAAUAACCCUACUCAUGGAGAAGUUGGAAGAAUUGCCAUGAUUAUUCUUGGAUCUGGGAAGGUGAAUAAAGAACUGUGUCAGAAGAUUAUAACAAAAUUGAAUUGUCAUGAAAUGUGGAAACCAUGGAAGGCAUUCUUUGAAGUUAUAUCAGAUUUUCUAGACGACCCGUCUGCGAUUGGACUUGUGGGGGUGUGUCCUUUUGAGAGGUUCCAAGAAGCUUUAGAAAGUACCUAUAAUACCAAUUGGAGGACAGUUGACUACAUAUCUCCCAAUUGUUUCCUGUAUCUUGUUGAGUACCUUCUGAUUUGGCUGUCUACUGCCAAUGGUUAUUUUUUAUCUCCCAAAUCUAUGUUUGUUGAAUUUCUUUUGACCUAUGAGAAGUACUUCACUCAAAAGGAACCUCAUGAAGUCGUUCAUGAACCGAUAGUUGCAUUCUUAUGGCAUGUAGUCCAAGGAUUGCUUAACAAUAAGAUGGAAACACUUCAGUGGAUAGGAAAAUUUACCACAAAAGUGACGGAGCACUACUCUGCGCUUGUUACUAGACUUGUUGUGCUGACAUGUUUGAUUUACGUCAAUUUUGGCUGGAACACUUCUUUACUCGUCAAUGUAAUGAAGAAGAGCGACAUAACUGAACAACUACCACCCCCUUUUUGUGCUGCCCUUAAGAGAGUAAGGAAAAACAACAGUCGCACUAUCAAGGUGAAUUUGAUUGCUGAAGCUUUUAAGAAGAUCGACAAUCCUAUGUUGAUCGUGAAUUUAAUGGAAUGUUGUCCGUUCAAGUCAUGUCCAGAUGCUGCGUACAUAAGUGUGAGUUUGAGUAGCUCCAAGAAGGAAAUAUUAGCAACAUUGUUUCCAGAUAAAGUUGAGGCCUCAAAGAGCUAUGUUGGAGUUGAAGCUGUUAUGGAAGCUUGUUCCGAGGGUGAGUUACCAUCGUCGAAGGCUUGUCAAUCUAGGGAAGUAACAAGUUCCAGUCAAAAUUCUGAAAUAAAAAAUAAGGGAAGUAACAAGUUCAAGGCCUCUAAGGACGAGGUGAUGUUUUCGCCAAAGGCUUCUGAGGAUGAGGGUCUGUCUUUGUCUAAGGUUUGUCAAGUAGCUACUGAAGCAGCACCAAGUAGCAGUCAAAAUGUGGAAAGCAAAAAGCAGAGAGGUAACAAGUCCAAGAAAAACAAGAAGAAAUCAAAAGGAAAGAAGAGAUAGGCUAAGUAAGUAUCUAAAGCAAUGAGAGUUCCAAAUUCUUAUGAUGAAACUCGAUUUUGUAUUUUGUACUACAUACCUUUUGAAUAUGAAUACUAUUGUGAAACAUUUUCUCAUUGCAAAGGAAAGAAGACUUGUACCUUGUUAUCUUAGGAAAUCGAUAUAAUUAAUUUGGUUUCAGUAUAUUAUAUUAUGUAAAAACUUGGCCAAAUUAAUAAGUAAUUUGUAUGCUGUUUAUAUAAUUGACAAUAGAAUAAAUAUACUUCAAUUUAAAAAUAUCAUUACAUUAAUAUUUGGUUUUAAUAUAUUAUUGUUUAUUAUGAUUAAAAAAAAUUGCAUGGUAAAAUAAACAUGAUAUAUAAGAGUAACUAGUUACUUGGUAAUUCAUACGAUUUGAAAACCAUGACCAACAUGGAAAAUACC